AUGAAGUCAGUUGGAAUGUUGGAACUGUUAAAAGAUAUAAGAAAAGAUUUUGAAUUGCUGGAUGCUGGUAGAAAGAGUAUAUCUGCAAAAGCUGUUUUUUCUGCUGCAAUUGGAUUUUUGAAAGACCAUUUUGUUCAGCAAAUGCAGUGGAGAAAGCUAGGAGCGUUUGAAGACGACAUAUUUUGGGUAGUAUCGGUACCAGCAAUCUGGAAUGAUUCCGCAAAACAGUUUAUGAGAGAAUCUGCUGAAAAGGCUGGUAUAAAAGGUGAAAAGUUUAGUCUAGUAUAUGAGCCUGAGGCUGCAUCAAUUUACGCAAGCCUUCUUCCUGUUGAUAAAUUAGUAGGAGAAAAUGGUACUGUCAUUCUCAAAGCUUUUGAUCCGGGUCGAAAGUUCAUUGUUGUUGAUGCUGGAGGUGGUACCAUAGACAUUUCUACUCAACAAGUUUUAGAAAACGGCGAGCUCAAAAUAAUACACAGAGAAUGCGGUGGGCCAUGGGGUGGUGAAUGCAUAAAUAAACAGUUCGUUAAUAUGCUAAAUGAAAUUUUUGGAAAAAAUGUCCUAAAACAGUUUAAAAAGAACAACGGAGAAGAUUUUUUACAACUACUGAGAGAUUUUGAAGUAAAGAAAACAAUUCUUAAGGUUGAUGGCAAAGAGUCAGUAACCAUUCGUAUGCCUUUAAGUUUGAUUGAACUGUUCCUUGAUAUUGAAGAAUCAGACGUUCCAACAGCCCUUGCAAGUUCAAGAUUUGAUGAAACAGUACGACUUAAACGAGACAAGUUAUCUAUUGCAGGAUCUUUAGUUGAAACAUUUUUUUCUGAGACCAUACGUAAUAUCAUCGAUGAAGUAGUAUCCAUAUUGAAACAUGAAAGAUGUUCUGAUGUAAGUGCAAUAAUGAUGGCAGGUGGUUUUUCAGAGGCCGACACAUUACAACAUGCAAUUAAAAAGCAGUUCCAAUCGUUGGAGGUUUUUAUACCAACAGAUGGAUCUCUUUCGGUGUUGAAAGGAGCUGUUUUAUAUGGUCACAACCCCAAUGUAGUAUCAUCAAGAGUAUGUUAUUAUAACUAUGGUAUUCAAGUUUCAAAACCAUUCGACUCAAAUAUACACGAUCCGACAAAGAAGUACAUCUGGGACGGACGCGUAUUGUGUUCUGAUCUCUUUAAUAUCCUUUUUGAAAUUGAUGAAGAAGUACAAAUUGGACAAACAAGAACUAUUGAUGCCGUUGACACAUUUCUAACUCGAAAAACAGAUCAAUAUAGACAUGAUCCAAUGACAUACCAAUUUGUGGUUAGCACUAAAAAGGAUCCCUUCUAUACUACAGAUGAAGGCUGUAUGGAACACGGAUCCAAAAUUCUCUCUCCACCAAAUGGAACGUGGCCUCGAAGAGUCAAUUGUCAAAUAUUACUCAAAAUUGCUGGAACUGAGCUGAUUGGAACGUCUGUAAAUAAAGAUACUCUUCAAAAAACGUCCGUUAGAUUUGAAUUUUUGCCGUCAAUAAGCAAAAACCCAGAUAGAAAGAGGUUGUUUGACCCGUUCUAUCUAGAUAUUUAG